GGUUGUUACUCGAGCACCGCGGCUACAGGCCCCCCGCCGCAGGAUGGACCGCCGAGGCGGCGGUCGGGGCGGCGGAGGCGGAGGCGGCCGGCCCGGAUAAGAUGCUCCAAGUCACUCGCAGCUGUCUUCAAAAGAAAAAUCACUAGUGCUCUGCUCUUGCCAUAACACCAAACCUUUUGACUUACGCUUUGGUGCUGCAACCCUGGAAGAAUUGCACGCAGGUUCUUGCAAAUCUUUUUUGUCAUUUGAAUGAUUCUUUGUGGAUGGAAAAAGAUUUGAGUCUUAAUAAUUACCCUGUUUUCAAGCUACUUCUCUACUGUCUGAACUGCUUGAUAAAUCGGGCCACGUACCAAUGAGCCACACAGCCAGUCCCUGUCAGGAGCUGGCUGAAAACUGUGCUGUGCAUGUAGCAGGAAUGGCACAAGAAGACAGCCGUCGCGGUCAAGUGCCAUCUACCUUUUAUCAUGGUGCCAACCAGGAACUUGACCUGUCCACCAAAGUGUACAAAAGGGAAUCAGGAAGUCCUUAUUCUGCGUUAGUGGACACCAAGAUGAGCAAACCGCAUCUCCACGAAACAGAGGAACAACCAUAUUUCAGGGAGACAAGAGCCGUGUCUGACGUGCGUGCUGUUAAAGAAGACCGGGAGAAUUCUGAUGACACGGAGGAGGAGGAGGAGGAAGUCUCUUACAAAAGGGAGCAGAUCAUAGUGGAGGUAAACCUUAAUAAUCAAACAUUAAAUGUAUCUAAAGGGGAAAAGGGUGUCUCUUCUCAGUCCAAAGAGACUCCUGUUCUUAAGACAAGCAGUGAGGAGGAAGAGGAAGAGAGUGAGGAAGAGGCCACAGAUGACAGCAGUGACUAUGGAGAGAACGAAAGGCAGAAGAAAAAGGAGAAGAUAGUGGAGAAAGUCAGCGUUGCACAAAGGAGACCGAGGAGAGCUGCCUCUGUUGCCGCAGCUACCACUUCCCCUACUCCCAGAACUACAAGAGGUCGUAGGAAGAGUGUAGAGCCACCUAAGCGUAAGAAGCGGGCUGCAAAGGAGCCCAGAGCACCAGUCCAGAAAGCUAAGUGUGAAGAGAAAGAGACUCUGACCUGUGAGAAGUGCCCCAGGGUGUUUAAUACUCGCUGGUACCUGGAAAAGCACAUGAACGUUACUCACAGGCGCAUGCAGAUUUGUGAUAAAUGUGGCAAGAAGUUUGUCCUGGAAAGUGAGCUGUCCCUUCACCAGCAAACAGACUGUGAAAAAAAUAUUCAGUGUGUUUCCUGUAACAAAUCAUUCAAGAAACUCUGGUCCCUUCAUGAACAUAUCAAGAUUGUCCAUGGAUAUGCAGAAAAGAAAUUUUCCUGUGAAAUUUGUGAGAAGAAAUUCUAUACCAUGGCUCAUGUGCGGAAACACAUGGUUGCACACACAAAAGACAUGCCUUUUACAUGUGAAACCUGUGGAAAGUCGUUCAAACGCAGCAUGUCACUCAAGGUGCACUCCUUGCAGCAUUCUGGAGAGAAGCCCUUCAGAUGUGAGAACUGUGACGAAAGGUUUCAAUACAAGUACCAGCUCCGCUCCCACAUGAGCAUCCACAUUGGGCACAAACAGUUCAUGUGCCAGUGGUGUGGCAAGGACUUCAACAUGAAGCAGUACUUCGAUGAACACAUGAAAACACACACUGGAGAGAAACCCUUUAUCUGUGAAAUCUGUGGCAAAAGCUUCACCAGCCGUCCCAACAUGAAGAGGCACCGCAGAACUCACACAGGCGAGAAGCCCUACCCGUGCGACGUGUGUGGCCAGCGGUUCCGCUUCUCCAACAUGCUGAAGGCCCACAAGGAGAAGUGCUUUCGGGUGACCAGCCCCGUGAACGUGCCGCCUGCUGUCCAGAUCCCACUCACAACUUCCCCAGCCGCCCCAGUUCCGUCCGUCGUGAACACCCCCACAACCCCAGCCCCGCCAAUGAACAUGAAUCCUGUCAGCGCGCUUCCCCCGCGGCCCAUCCCCCACCCCUUCUCGCACCUCCACAUCCACCCACACCCCCACCACCCACACCACCUGCCCAUCCCGCCCGUGCCUCACCUCCCCCCACCUCCAGCUCUCUUUAAGAGCGAGCCUUUAAAUCACAGAGGCCAGGGUGAGGACAACUUUCUGCGGCACCUGGCAGAGAAGAACAGUUCGGCACAGCAUCAUUAACGUCCAUCUCCUUGCGUGUGUUCUCCACGAGCCGUGCGCCCGCAUGUGAGUUUGCGGAGAGGGAGCUGGCAAGCGUUUCCAUAGCUGUCAGACUCUCCUCGGCCUCCGCCAAGAGCUCUGUCCUUGUCUUGGUGAAUCAACACACCCACGGGGAUGGACAAGACGCCCUUGAGCUCAUGGAGGGAACUGUCAUCUAAACCAGGGGAACCACCAAACUAAAGCCCAAUUUGCUUGCAUUUUCUGGUGACUUUUAUAAAUUUCAAGUACUCGGACUUAUGGAAUUUUAUAAUUUCAUAUCAGCUGAUGAGGUAUGCUUGCUUUUAUAUCCUGGACUUCUCCUCAAAGAGGAGACGGGCCUGGUUUCCUUUGUACUAAUCGGGAAGGCUGUGAGAUUAACCUAGAGCAUUAAUUGUAUCACUGUGUAUGGUAAUGAAUUCUUUUCAGCUUUUGGUGCUGGCUACAGAGUUGAGCUGGCCACGUUUCACAGUAUAUCAAGCAUUAUAGAGAAAGAUGGAAAUUUUCUUCUUUGUGUAGCUCUCCUAACGCACUCUUUAUUUUACUACAGAAAUUAUUUUAGAGUUUUUGUAUAGACUUCUUUAGUAGUCUGUUUCUAAAAUGAAAUGUAUUUCAAUAAGCGGUGUAAUUUUUUCAGUGUAGCUGGACCUAUGUUGUAAAAUAGAAAAAAAUUUUUAUAAUCAUCAAAAUGUGAUUCUUAAAGAUGCAUAUAACUUCUAUAGUUCAAAGUUAUUCUUACAUCCGUACAACUCAAAGGUGCUUCAGAGAUUAGAUGUAUCUGAGAGGGUCUCCGGACCACAUUACUGCAAAAAUGGGGUCUUGCUUUCAGAACUUGACGUCAGUCCUGGGUAGUUUUUUAAUCUCUGCUUAACACUCAAGUGUCUUUUGGGCUCACUGACGCGCUCCUGUCCUCCGCGUUUCACUUGGUUCACGUAGUGCAUUAAACUGACGGUUCGCAGAGCGUCGGGCCUUUUCCAGGGAGGCCACCUGAAGCUCGUGCGCUUUGAAAAUCCGAGGAAAGCCGUUCACUGUCCAGAGGAGGAAGCGGUAGUGGUUGUCUCAUCCCAUUCACGUCUGUUUCUCACUUCCCUUGGAACUGUAUUUGUGUGCGACCCCUCUGGGAUGACAAAGCGAAGUCUCAUAAUACACUUCUUGUUUUGUGGUUGCUUGAUUUUUCCAGAAUCGUCACGAAAAGCAGCACACUAAAAUCACAAACGUGACGCUGCUGGCAGUGGCUGAGAAACCUGGAUGGUAACACAAACUGCCCGAGUUUCACGGUGUCUGUUCUGUCGCUGGCUAGAUCCCCAACUUGGAGCCUAUCCCAGCACAGUCUGAAUUUGCAGUGAGGGGAGGAAAGCCACUUUCUGUCGCCCUGUCCUCUGCAAAUCAUUAGGCGAUGGCCGAGUUCACAGGUGGCGAGGGGAGCAGAAUCGCUAAUAUUGUUCCUUCAGGCAGGUUACUGUCCUAAGCGUGGAGAGCUGUGAAAGGGUGCGGUCAGUCAGCUUAUUGAAGGAGAGGGUGAACCGGAGGGCUAACGUAAAUGUAUUUAACGGAUCAAGUUUAUGCAGACUCAGUAAGUUAAAAAUUUUGUAUUUUUUCGUCUCAGAGAACUGAAUUCCAAAGCUAGAUCUACUUACUUUCUCUCCCUCUCUUGAUUUUUAAAUCUUUGAAUAUUUUCACUUUCUUUCCUCAGGCUCUUAAAUCAUUGCCUGAAUCAGAAUCCUGGCUUCUAUUUAUUUUUAUUUUUAAUAUUAAAUAUGCAGACCUACUUUAAGCACCUUUCCGGCCGAUUAGCUCUGUGGUAGGCAAAAAUGGAACUCUUUCCAUUGAGGUUAAGUCCCUGUUUUUAAAAUAUUGCAUUCUUUAUUAGCUUUCUGGUUUAAUAUGUCCAUUUUUUUUUCUUCUGAUUAUUGCCUUUGUCUUCUAUAAAGAGCAGAGAAAAAUUUUGGAAUGAGGCAGCAAAGUAUCUCAAAACAGAGUUUUUCCCCUGGUUUUGAAUAUAAUUUCUAAAGAAUGUCUUUUUAAAAUAUUUGUAUACAUUCUUUGAGUACCCACGCACCCAAGCCAAUAAGGAAAGGUGAUUCCCUGUUUAUGACUGUGGGUCUUUAGUGACUUCCCCCUGCCCCCCUGCUCCCACACUCCUUCCAAUUCCGUGACAAGUUUGUGGAGCUAUGCCUUCAUGUAGACAUAUCGUUAUCCCAUGGCCAAGCCUCUAAUAUUAAAAUUAUUUUUUAAAGAUGUAAACUGCAGCUCAGUUAAUUGGCUCUACCUUAUUUUGUCCUAAAUAAAUUUAUGGUAUAGGGCAGCAAUUCUGAAUUCUAGAUCUGAGACCACUGAAGCAACCAUUUUAAGAGGUGUACUGUAAUUAUACACUGGAAAAUUCACGUUGUCAUCUUUGAUUUCUUUCUUUUUUUUUUUUUUGUCAAGUGAACAGAGCCAUAAGAAAUUAUCUGCUGCAUAGGAAAACCAGCAUUAAGCAAAUAAUCACCACCACCCUUAACAGAAGGAGGAAAAAUUAAAAAAAAAAAAUCAGCAUUAUCACACAAUACCGUUCUAAGUGAACAGUACUGUGGAACAUUCUGGAAACUUCCCGUUAUUUUCCCUAUAUGGUAUACCUUUUCCAUCUUGGGAUUUGUGGUCUUCAGGAAAAUUACCCAGAACAUAAUUGACUCCUUAUCAGUGUCAUGGUACCUAUGAAUAACGAAAUGCAUUAAGAUUAUUUACAACUUUAAUGCUGCUGAAUACAAGAACUCCAGGAUUAAGCCUUAAACAUAUAUGCACAUCAGAUGCAACAUGCUUGAGACUCAAACCCAGGGUUGAAAAUUUGAUUGGGGUCCUUUACUAAGAUAAAAGUUGCAUUACGUGAUGUGUUCUCUCUCACAUGUAGUACAAGUACCCCAUGACUUCUUUAAAACUUAUUCCUGUUUGCUCUCUGUUUGUGAAAAAAGAACUACGGAGGAGUUUGAGUUCUCAGCCAUUAUCUGUACUUAAGUAAGUCUUUUAAAGACAACAGCAGCCACCUCUGAGCAUUAUACAGAGAUCAAAUUGAGGCUGUUUCCCAUCACUUAACUGUCUUGUCUUCAAAGGCUUGUAUCACUGCUAGGGUUAAGACCUGCUUGAGGAAAAUUCCCAAAGGCUUUCUUGAGUUGGUAUUGCUUUUCUUCACUUUCCUGUUCUUUUCUCAUAAGAUCCAUCAUUGAAAUAUAAACUCUUUCUUAGCCUUAAGGAAAGGCUGCUUGCUGCUUUCUCAAAUUAAGUCAGGUAAGCUCGAGUGAGAUUUUUAAAUUUGAAUGAAGAAUAUAAGAUGAACAGUGUAAAGGCAUGCAGCUUCAUCUCCGUGUAUAUUUGUGAUUUGAUUGUUAUUUUUAGCCAACAGGGAGGUUGCCACAUAAAACUUUACAGUAGUUCAAAGAAAUCCUUGCAAAUCAGUUGCAUAUGCUUUUCCAGUCUACCAUUUACAUGAACUCUUCUAUGUUAAUGACGGAGCGUGGACAUUAACCAUAGUUGUACCAUCUUUUUUCAAACUACAGUUGUUGGAACCACCUUCUCUCUGUGGUUAGAUGCUCCGUAUAACUUGACUGUCCCUGGUAUACUAACUGAAGGCAAAAUAUUCUGAAGAGAUACGUGUGAUAUUUGAAUUUUCUACUCUUGAAAAUUUUUUCAGUUUUUAUGUUUAUUGAAUGGGUGUGUAUGUUUAGUUUCAUUUUGAUUUCACUGGAAGUUUUAAAUUUUGAGAAGAUCAAGCAGAAAAAUCCAUUGCAAAUGUAAAUAUAUUUACCCCGUCUUGCAGAUUUCAGUAAGAACACGGGCGGUGGUGGGUUUUAUUGUAAGAAAAAAAAAAUAAUGAAAGAAAACUGAAGUUAGAGAAACCUUUCUAUUUGAGCUACUGUACAGAAAAGGCGUCUUACUACAUUGCUGAUCCACAUGAUGAACAUUUCGAUGCUGUUCUAGACUGUAUGGAAAGUAUUUAAUAAAAAAGGGGUUAGGUUACAUUUAAGAAUUUUAUCAGUUAUGUACCAUUACAAAAAUAAACUCACUUGGAACUCUUCAGACUGUAAAAUGGAGCAAGUAAAUAUUGGGUUCUCUUUUUUUCUUUGCCUAAACCAAGAUAAGAAAUUUCCCAAAAGGUCAUUUUUUUUUUUUUUUUUUC